UUCCAAAGACCCUAAUUCUGGUAUACUGACACAUCUAAGCAGAUUUAGUUGUUCAAACGGAGAAUAUAGGGCCUGCAUUAUAGUUCAAUAAUAAUGAUGUUUUCCCCGGAGUAUAAUAAUGGUGUACAUUGAUACCACACAAAAAAUAAUCAACAAGCUUGAAAGCCGCUCACUGCGGCGACAUAAGCAAAGGUGACCGCCAUUUCCCCUUCCAUUAUCCCAUUAAAUGCCAAAGGAUUUCAACAAAGUGUCUCCUUAUCUUCACUUUGCUUAGAAGAAUUUACGAAUGACAGGACUUCAUAAUAUCUGGUUUAAACAUUUAGAAAGUCAAACUAUUGUAGAAAAUCCAGAUACAAUUUUGUUUUCUGGUGGAUUAUUUCUUGACCCAUUAAUUCCUUCCUCAAUUACAACCACUAAUUUUCUUAAAGUUUCGUCAAUUGAUGAUUCUAGUGAGUUACAUUCUCCCAUUUGUCGCCAUCGUCGACGGAGACCAAUUCGUGUCAAUUUUGGGGGUAAAUUCUUGUGUUUGAGUUUGUCAGUUAAGAAGAAUACUAGUGAAUGUUUGUUGAGUAAUGGAGAUGAGAGUUCAAAGGUGAAGGAGAACAGUGAAGGCAACGGAGAUGUGAGGAAGCGGAAUAUUGGUUUACGACGACGUGGUGCAGUGAACACUAGUAAACAUUUGUGGGCCGGAGCAGUUGCUGCCAUGGUGUCAAGAACUGUUGUUGCUCCACUUGAAAGAUUAAAGCUGGAAUAUAUAGUUCGUGGUGAACAGAAGCACCUAGUGGAGCUCGUCAAAACAAUUGCAGCUACUCAAGGCUUGAGAGGCUUUUGGAAAGGGAACUUGGUGAAUAUCCUUCGUACUGCUCCUUUUAAGGCGGUUAAUUUUUGUGCUUUUGACACAUACAGAAAGCAACUCCUAAGAUUAUCAGGAAAUGAAGAAACUACUAACGCCGAACGGUUUGUUGCUGGUGCCGCAGCUGGAGUGACUGCUACUGUAAUGUGCUUACCACUAGACACUAUCAGGACCAAGUUAGUGGCACGGGGUGGAGAAGCCUUGGGUGGUGUGGUUGGAGCUUUCCAACACGUGAUCAGAACUGAAGGAUUCUUCUCUCUUUAUAAGGGACUAGUACCCUCCAUUUUGAGUAUGGCCCCAGCAGCUGCUGUUUUUUAUGGUGUAUACGACAUAUUAAAAUCAGCUUAUUUGCAUUCACCUGAAGGCAGAAAAAGAAUAGAGUAUAUGAAGCAACAAGGAGCAGAGCUCAAUGCUUUUGACCAGCUUGAGUUGGGACCUAUGAGGACCUUACUUCAUGGUGCUAUAGCUGGUGCUUGUGCUGAAGCCGCAACCUAUCCAUUUGAGGUCAUUAGAAGGCAACUUCAAUUACAAGGCCGAGCAUCUAAACUGAGUGCCUUGGCAACUUGUGCGCAGAUUGUUGAACAUGGAGGAGUUCCAGCUCUAUAUGCAGGACUAAUCCCUAGUUUACUACAGGUGUUACCUUCAGCCUCCAUAAGCUACUUCGUGUACGAGUUCAUGAAGAUUGUUCUCAAAGUGGAAUGAAGGACAUCUGUUGCUAGGUAGUGAGGUACAGAAGCAUUGUAUUACAAUCUUAUUCAUCACAUUUUAUUAAAGAGGUAGAGUUUAGUUUGUUGGACAGUGAAGCUGAACUCUCUCUUAACACUUGAUGAAAUUCUUAGCUUAGAUUCAGGCCCACCGAGUCGAUGCUAUUUUGUUCUUCUCUAUCCCAAAAGAAAGACAAAAAGUUUAUCAAACACAGGCUGGUGUGUUGUUGCAAAAGAAAAGGUUUUAUCAAACGACAACCAGAGCUAUAUGAGCAAAAACCAACGGAGAUAACAUCAAAAUGAGUAUUGAGAUCGUUAAAAAAAUGUAAAACGAAAAGAAGGAUGUUGUAUUGGACAGUGGGUGUCGGGCACUCGUGAUUAUUUGAAAAUUCUGGACAUUAUACUCCCUCAAAAUUCUGGACAUUAUAGUCCCGUUAUCUCAAUUUAUUUGUGUCAAAUUCUCUUGUUUUCAAGUUUAACCAACAUUUGGAGUGGAUAUUGCACUUUUUUUUUUUGUUUUUCA